CCCAGUCCUGGUGCGGAAGUGCUUGUUGUGAGUUUGGUGCUAAGAGCCUGGACCUGAGAGCACGUCUAUUUUCCGUGACUUCUUAGUGAGGGCUGCAAAGGAUCCUCGGACACCCUCAAGCAUCACAAUGGAGACAGUGACCUUUGAGGAUGUAGCUGUGAACUUCACUGCAGAAGAGUGGGAUUUGCUGACUCCAUUCCAAAAGAAGCUCUACAAAGGAGUGAUGUGGGAAAAUUAUAUGAAUAUUAUGGUGACAGGAAGAAUAUGGCAUAAUCAGCAAAUUGAAGAAGAGGACAAAACUUUUUCAAGAAGAAAUCUAAGAUAUGAUGAAGACAAUUACUUGACAAUUGGACAACAGCAAUAUAAAUAUAAUGAAGAUAUAGUAACCUGCAAUGUUUUCCCGUCCUUUCAGAAGCAUGAAAUACAGAAGACUGGAGAAAGACCCGAUCAAAGUGGUCAGUGUGGGGAGGACAGCUCUGACCUUAGUGAACAAACUCACCCUGGUCAGAAAACCUUUCUAAGUAAGAAAAGUUUGAAAGUCUGUGCAGCACCUAACAGCGUUCAGAUGCAUGAAAGAAAUCACAGUUCAGGGAACUCAUAUGUACAAAACCACUAUGAAAAUAGUUUUAUUUCUUCAUACCAUAUUGAAAAAGAUGUUAGAAAAUAUGAUGGAGAGAAACACUAUGUCACUGAGAAAUGUGCAAAAGCAGUAUCUCACAGUAAUUGCUUUAAAAACCAUAAAAAACUUUAUGCUGGAAAGCAGACAUAUGAAUGCAAUCAGUGUGGGAAAGCAUUCAGUACAAGCGGUAACUGUCAAAGACAUAAAAGAAUUCACACUGGGGAGAAACCCUAUGUAUGCAACAAAUGUGGAAAAAGAUUUAUGAGAGCCUCAUAUUGUAAGAUACACUAUAGAAUUCACACUGGGGAGAAACCCUACGUAUGCAAACAAUGUGGAAAAAGAUUCAGGAGAGCCUCAGAUUGUUACAUACAUGAAAGAAUUCACACUGGGGAGAAACCCUAUGUAUGUAACAAAUGUGGAAAAAAGUUCAGAACAGCCUCAGGUUGUAACACACAUGUUAAAAUUCACACUGGGGAAAAACCCUACGUAUGCAACAUAUGUGGAAAAAGAUUCAGGAGAGCCUCAGAUUGUAACAUACAUUAUAGAAUUCACACUGGGGAGAAACCCUAUGUAUGCAAACAAUGUGGAAAAUCUUUCAGUAAAAGUGGUAACCUAAUUACACAUGGAAGAAUUCACAGAGAGGAGAAACCUUUUGUGUGCAAUAAAUGUGGGAAAGCAUUCAAGAGUGCCUCAGAACGUAAAAUACAUGAUAGAAUUCACACUGGGGAGAAACCCUAUUUAUGCAAACAAUGUGGAAAAUCUUUCAGUCAAAGCGGUUACCUCAUUAUACAUGAAAGAUUUCACAGAGGGGAGAAACCUUUUGUCUGCCACAAAUGUGGGAAAGCAUUUGUGAGUGCCUCAGAAUGUAAAAUACAUGAUAGAAUUCACACUGGAGAGAAACCAUUUGUAUGUAAGCAAUGUGGGAAAUCUUUCAAUCUAAAUAGUGCCCUUAUUAGACAUGAAAGAAUUCACACUAGGGAGAAACCUUUUGUUUGUAAGCAAUGUGGGAAAUCUUUCAGUCAAAAGGGUCACCUUAUUGUACAUGAAAGAAUUCACACAGGGGAGAAACCUUUUGUUUGUAAGCAGUGUGGAAAAUCUUUCAGUCAAAAGGGUAACCUUAUUGUACAUGAAAGAAUUCACACUUGGUAGAACCUCUAUGAAUACAAUGUGACACAGCACUCAGUAUGGAAAAGUACUGAAAAUUAACCCUGUCUAUCAUUGUAAGCAAUUUGGGAUGUUUUUCAGCUGUUGUAGUAGCUUUUGUGUAUAUAAAAGAAUUCAUUCUGCAGAAAGACCCUACCUAUGUGAGAAAUGAUUAAAUGGAUUUGUUGAUAAAUUCUCACUUUAUAAACAUAAAAGUUCCCACAUUGGGAAGAAAAUCUAUGAACAUAAGGAAUGCAGGAAAAAUUCCCACAAACAGAAAUUGUCACUACAUGAAAGGUCUCCCUCUGUGUAGAAAUUCUUUGCAUUUGAACAAUAGUGCAUUGCAGUCAGUGCACAAAAAUGCCAUUGAAUAGGGGAAUAAUGCACAGAAGGAAGAAACCCUAUGUAUGUAGGCAGUAUGGAAAAGAUUUGCUGCAACAUUUCCCUUUUGCAAACAAAAUUUCCCUCACAUUGGGGUGUAACUGCAUGUGAGAAGUGUUUGGUAAAUGUUCAACAGAUAGAGCUGCUAACCUGAGUGAUGUCAUAUUGUUUUUCAAGCCUAUGUUUACAUUGUGGGAAAGCAUUCAAUAUUCACAUUUAUUGUCAAAUGUGCAAAAAUAAUCAUAGUUAAGUGAAAUCAUAUAUAAGUGACUUUGAAAAUUACUCAUGCAGAGUAGACAUGGAAAAAUAAUAUAAAAUUAUUGCUUUCAAUAUGUGUUCAUAGAUUUUUUGAAGACACUCUCAAACACAGAGAUGUCCUAAAAUGUUUUCAUGUCUUUUUUUAUAAAUCUUAUAUAAGUGAUCUAUUUGUCUGUAGUUUUAAUAAAAAUUAGUUUUUAAAGAAAA